CGCGCGGGGCGCAGCGGGGCAGAGCCGGCUCCAGAGGCGCGGCGGCCGCGGGAGGAGCAGGCGCGGAGCAGCGAGCGCAGGCCGCGCCGGCCCGACGGGAGCAGCGCUGGGCGCGGGCCGCCUCCUCCAAGCCGCCUGCGCGCGAGCCGCGUCCCUUGGCCGCCGCCGGCGGGGCAUGAGCGCGGAGGGGCCGCGGCCGCCCCCCGCGCCGCCCAGGCCGUGACCGGGCGGGGGGCGGCUGCACUAGCGCCCGCAGCCCGGGAGCUCGCGGAGCCCGGAGCGGCAACCAUGGACUGCAGCCUACUGAGGACGCUCGUGCGCAGAUACUGUGCAGGAGAAGAGAACUGGGUGGACAGUCGGACCAUCUACGUGGGACACAAGGAGCCCCCUCCGGGUGCAGAGGCCUACAUUCCACAGAGAUAUCCCGACAACAGAAUCGUCUCCUCCAAGUACACAUUUUGGAACUUCAUACCUAAGAACCUGUUUGAACAGUUCAGAAGAAUAGCCAACUUUUAUUUUCUCAUCAUCUUCCUGGUGCAGUUGAUCAUCGACACACCCACAAGCCCGGUGACGAGCGGGCUUCCACUGUUCUUCGUCAUCACGGUCACAGCCAUCAAGCAGGGUUAUGAAGACUGGCUUCGCCACAAGGCAGACAAUGCCAUGAACCAGUGUCCGGUGCACUUCAUCCAGCAUGGCAAACUGGUCCGGAAGCAGAGUCGGAAGCUGAGAGUUGGGGACAUUGUCAUGGUGAAGGAAGAUGAGACCUUUCCCUGUGACCUGAUCUUUCUCUCCAGCAACCGGGCAGAUGGGACCUGCCAUGUCACCACCGCCAGCUUAGAUGGAGAGUCGAGCCAUAAAACUCACUACGCAGUGCAGGACACCAAGGGCUUCCACACAGAGGAAGACGUUGAUGGGCUGCAUGCCACUAUCGAGUGUGAACAGCCACAGCCUGACCUUUACAAGUUUGUGGGGCGCAUCAAUGUUUACAACGACCUGAAUGACCCUGUGGUGAGGCCGUUAGGAUCAGAAAACCUGCUUCUCAGAGGCGCCACCCUGAAAAACACAGAGAAGAUCUUUGGUGUGGCCAUCUACACGGGCAUGGAGACCAAGAUGGCCCUGAACUAUCAGUCCAAGUCCCAAAAGAGAUCUGCUGUGGAAAAGUCAAUGAAUACAUUCCUGAUCGUGUACCUCUGCAUCCUGGUGAGCAAGGCCCUGAUCAACACGGUACUGAAGUAUGUGUGGCAGAGUGAGCCGUUCCGGGAUGAGCCAUGGUACAACCAGAAGACUGAGUCAGAGCGCCAGAGGAAUCUGUUUCUCAGGGCCUUCACCGACUUCCUGGCCUUCAUGGUCCUCUUCAAUUACAUCAUCCCAGUAUCCAUGUACGUCACAGUGGAGAUGCAGAAGUUCCUGGGCUCCUACUUUAUCACCUGGGAUGAAGACAUGUUUGACGAGGAAAUGGGGGAAGGGCCUCUGGUCAACACAUCUGAUCUAAAUGAGGAGCUUGGACAGGUGGAGUACAUCUUCACAGACAAGACAGGCACCCUCACAGAGAACAACAUGGCCUUCAAGGAGUGCUGCAUCGAGGGUCACGUCUACGUGCCCCAUGUCAUCUGCAAUGGGCAGGUCCUUCCCGACUCUUCUGGCAUUGAUAUGAUUGAUUCUUCCCCAGGCGUCAGUGGAAGGGAGCGGGAGGAGCUGUUUUUCAGGGCUAUCUGCCUGUGCCACACCGUCCAGGUGAAGGAUGAUGAUCACGGGGAUGAUGUAGAUGGUCCCCGGAAAUCUCCAGACUCAAAGUCCUGUGUGUACAUAUCUUCCUCGCCUGAUGAGGUUGCACUGGUUGAAGGUGUGCAGAGGCUUGGUUUCACUUACCUGAGACUGAAGGACAAUUACAUGGAAAUACUGAACAGGGAGAAUGACGUUGAGAGGUUUGAACUGUUAGAAGUUCUGAGUUUUGACUCUGUGCGGAGAAGAAUGAGUGUGAUUGUAAAAUCUGCUACAGGAGAAAUCUAUCUGUUUUGCAAAGGAGCAGAUUCUUCCAUAUUUCCCCGAGUGAUAGAAGGCAAAGUGGACCAGGUCCGGUCCAGAGUCGAGCGCAAUGCAGUGGAGGGGCUGCGAACCCUGUGUGUUGCCUACAAGCGGCUCAAGCCAGAAGAAUAUGAAGAUGUUUGCAAACUGCUGCAGGCUGCCAAAGUGGCGCUUCAAGAUCGGGAGAAGAAGUUAGCAGAAGCCUAUGAGCAGAUCGAGAAGGACCUGAUUCUGCUUGGUGCUACAGCUGUCGAAGACCGGCUCCAGGAGAAAGCUGCUGAUACAAUCGAGGCCCUGCAGAAGGCAGGCAUCAAGGUCUGGGUGCUCACUGGAGACAAGAUGGAGACGGCCUCAGCCACCUGCUAUGCCUGCAAGCUGUUCCGCAGGAGUACCCAGCUGCUGGAGCUGACCACCAAAAGGCUAGAGGAGCAGAGCCUGCACGAUGUUCUGUUCGAGCUCAGCAAGACAGUACUGCGCUGCAGUGGAAGCCUGACCAGGGACUCCUUCUCAGGACUUUCCACAGAUAUGCAUGACUAUGGCUUGAUCAUCGAUGGAGCUGCGCUGUCCUUGAUAAUGAAGCCCCGAGAGGAUGGGAGCUCCUCAGGCAACUACAGAGAGCUCUUCCUGGAGAUCUGCAGGAACUGCAGUGCCGUGCUGUGCUGCCGCAUGGCGCCCUUACAGAAGGCACAGAUUGUCAAGCUAAUCAAAUUUUCAAAGGAGCAUCCUAUCACCCUAGCGAUUGGUGAUGGUGCAAAUGAUGUCAGCAUGAUCCUGGAGGCCCACGUGGGCAUAGGCGUUAUCGGGAAGGAGGGUCGCCAAGCUGCCAGGAACAGUGACUAUGCAAUACCCAAGUUCAAGCACUUGAAGAAGAUGCUUCUUGUUCACGGGCAUUUUUAUUAUAUCAGGAUAUCUGAGCUUGUGCAAUACUUCUUUUAUAAGAAUGUCUGCUUCAUUUUCCCUCAGUUUUUGUACCAGUUCUUCUGCGGAUUUUCACAGCAGACUUUGUAUGAUACUGCGUAUCUGACCCUCUACAACAUCAGCUUCACCUCCCUCCCAAUUCUCCUGUACAGCCUCAUGGAGCAGCACGUGGGCAUGGAAGUGCUCAAGAGAGACCCAUCCCUGUACAGAGACAUUGCCAAGAACGCGUUGCUCCGCUGGCGGGUGUUCAUUUACUGGACGUUUCUCGGCGUAUUUGACGCUUUGGUAUUUUUCUUUGGUGCUUAUUUCAUGUUCGAAAACACAACCGUGACCAGCAACGGACAGAUGUUUGGGAACUGGACCUUCGGGACACUGGUGUUCACCGUGAUGGUGUUCACUGUCACACUGAAGCUUGCGCUGGACACGCACUACUGGACUUGGAUAAACCACUUUGUCAUCUGGGGGUCACUGCUCUUCUACGUCGUCUUCUCCCUGCUCUGGGGAGGGAUUAUCUGGCCAUUCCUCAGUUAUCAGCGGAUGUACUAUGUAUUCAUACACAUGCUGUCCAGCGGCCCUGCCUGGCUGGGCAUCACACUGCUUGUCACUGUCAGCCUCCUCCCUGAUGUCCUCAAGAAGGUCUUGUGCAGGCAGCUGUGGCCCACGGCAACAGAGAGGACUCAGAACAUACAACUUCGGGACAGCGUUUCAGAAUUCACCCCUCUGGCCUAUUUGCAGAGCUGGGGUGCUCAGGGCACCAGACCCUUGGCUGCCCGAUGCAGCUCCAGCUGUGGGAAAGCAGUGUGCUCGUGGGAGAGCCAAGAGUGCACCGUGCUCCCCAACCCAGACCUUUCCCACAACACGAGGUGUGGGUGCUGUAGGUCCAGCCUGAAGACACCGCUUGAUGGACAGACAGCCUUCUGUGUCAGCCUCUGAGAGCUAUGUUUCUGGGUGCCUGUGUGCCUGUACCUGCCCCGCCCCUCAUCCUCAAGGAGGUGGCAGUGGGAACACGGGUGGCCCACUCAGGCACAGCACACUGGACUGUGUGUGACGGCCGUCGUUGUCCUAGGCCCGGUGACCAUACGGACUAUUGCUGUGGAAAAGGACAUGUGAUAAGCUUCAUCUGAAACACUGCAGCUGUGAAGCUGGCCUUGCCAGGCCUGAGUAUCCAGCCUUCUGCUGUUGUCAUCCUCUGCCGUCACCUGAGGAGAAGACCCUAUCCCUUUGUCUGCAGCCUUGUCCAUCUCGCACAUGGGCUGGGCUCAUGUUGCAUCCUGAUGUUCCUGACCACGUGUUUCCUGUGUAAACCAUCCACACUUCCUGUUAGGGUGUGAGACUCCUGGACUGUGGCCUUGCUGUGCUCACAUUCACUGUCCCCUCACAAGCCAUUUCCCUAGAUCAUGUCUGAGUCUGUUUGCUGAGGAGAUGCUGACCCUGCACAAAGGAGCUUUCGAAGGUGUCAGGGUCGCCUUCCUGCCACCGGCUGCCUGUGGAAGAUGCCAUUUAUGUAUAUGAAUAAGGCACACUGUUAACCAGGUCUCAGGAGUGUAGCGAUAUCUACCACAUCCCAGAAUGAUGUCAGUUUACCUUAUUGGAAACCAUUUGUUUCGGAGGUGCUGGGAAAGGUAGAGACUUGGGGCACCCAGGCAGGUAUUUGUCUCACCCAGAGGUGAGUCCCAUGACCCAGAGCUGCCUGGGGCUGACAUGGACUCAUCCGUUCCAGUCUGCUGCUCAGCCUGCCUCCCGCUGGUGCCACACAAAUUCCACCCAGGGCUUUACUUGGAGUGGACAGGCCGUCAGAAGGCCACCUACUGUGAAUCCCUGUUGCUUGCCGCACUGGCAUUUGUGUUUCUGGUGGAGCAUCUGACAGAGCUGUGAUGGGCCUAACAUAGUGAAGACAUUUCAGAAAGUGCCAGCCAGAGCAUGGGAGAAAGCCAUCCCCAUCCCUGUGGGGUCACAUGGUGGGGUCAUAGUGAGGGUCGAAGACACUUGGGAGCCCAUAACCUGCCAAGCACAAAUUUCGUAACAUGAUUACCCAAGGUUUCCCUAUAAACAGUGUGCUCGAACUGGGGACCAGCCAACAGUAGGAGCAACUAUUUAUUGGGCCUGGCAGCUGGGGGAGGUCGAAUGAACAUAAAACACCACACCAAAGAUGGGGGGAUGGCCUUGAGCUGUGGACAGACAGAAGAAUGUACAGCUCCACUAAGGGCUGUCCCUGGCUGCACACCCUCAUGCCCAUUCACCCACCUGCAUUGCCAUGUGUCAGCCCAGGGUUGGAGCCCCAGUCCACAUGAGCCCUUAAAUAGUGGUGUGUGCAUUUUUACAGCCCUUUCUAAGAACCCAAAGUGGGUACAAACAUAAUACCUGCAGGGAGGGGCAGGUUCUCUGUAUGUUUAGUUAACAAAUUAUUUGUAAUGUAUUUUUUUAGGGAUCUUAAAAUUGCCUUUGCACUGAAGUAUUUUCAUAGUUGUUUCUAUGGCUCUUACUCAUUUGUUGAUAUACCUUCUGAUUUUUAAGUAUGCUGUUAAAGCUUUCGCUUUUUAGUUUAAGCAUUUUUGGCCACUUUAAAUGCUGGCAAGCGUUCUGGCUGAAUGUUUUAGUACCUUGUGAUUCUCCUCUGUGCCUCUGUGUUUCUUGGUGUUUCUGGAGACUGACCCGGUGAAGGGCGUUCUGAGAGCAUAACCAUUUUCUCUUGUUUUGUCACAGUCCUUUGCAUUUUCAUGUUUUCUGUUUUUUAUUUUUUUUUUCUUACCUCCAUCCUUCAGCCUUAAACAGAAUAUUCUUCCUGCAGGCUCUGCAUUCUGCAACCCAUCCUAGGUGUGGGGACACUCUCUUGCAUCUCCCCGAUAGCCUAAGAACACCCCAGACUUUAUGCACUCUCCAGUGUCUUUUAAAAUUGUGCUUAGGAAAUUACCAGACAAAGGUGCCUAAGAAUUUGAAUUAGACAAGGGCAAGGGUGAAAUGCAGAAACAAGAGACCAGAUGUGAAUGCCGAAGGCCUUCCACCUCACCUCACAGCGGCUGCUUUUUACUUUCCUUAAAACAAUUGAGUUCAACUCGGAGUAAGCAUUUUCUUAAUUGCAUUGCACAUGUCAACAUCUGUGACAUACUUUGUUCACCAUAAUUCAUGGUUCUGUGCCCUGCAAGCAGUCCAUCUCACAUAUGUACCAGGAGUCCUGGCUUCAUAUGUGUUCUCUUACUUUUUGUUCCACACAUCCAUGACCAUUUACAAGCUUGUAUAAACAUGUACACAUAUGUGCAUAGGCACACAUGUGCAUUGUGCAUUUUCCUUCCAGCCUCCAUUCUGAUAGCCCUGUGCAGAGGUUUUGCUCUCUGGGAUCAGGCUACUUACAUAUAUACAUACACACACACACACACACACACACACACACCCUAAGAAAGGGUGCUUGGGCUGUGCUCACAUGUGGGCUGUGUGGGUGACAUUGCAGUGCUGGGCUGAGCUCUCCGGUCCCAAGGAAGUGCACUUCCCAGUCAGGACCUCCUCUUGCUCCCUGGGUCCAGCAAGCAGAUCCAGGCUACUGGAAGCUUCUUGCCACUCUGAGUGCAGGUACCUGCUCCUUGCCACAUACUAGCUAGGAAAAUGUGCCCCUAAAUCCCAUCGAUUCAUUCCUGAGUACAGGCAGACCAAAGGCCCCACCCAGGAAGCUCCUGGAUGGGAGGAGGCUCUGAAGGUUGAGGAAGCAAAAGGGGGGAUGGCAUAGCCAAAUCUGGGAUGAGGACAGUGGGCGGGCGGGGUAACUUUGUCUUCAUUGAGCACAUCUCCUAGGAGCAGCUGCCUAGGUCAUUGAGCACCCGCCAGGUGUCUGGUGAUGUCGAGAAAGCUCCAGCCUGGGUCUCUGAACCCCCAAGUUCAAGGUUUAUCUGCACUGACUGGGACUGGACUCUCCCAUCCACAUUUAUCUCAUCUUAAUGUAAUUUAUUGGCAAUGCCAUAGAACAGCAGGCCCUUGUGUUCUACAUUUCUUUUGGAAGUUUCCUGUUUAUGACUGACUGUCAAGACAGGAAAAAAGUCACUUGGCGAACACAAUCUUUUUCUUUUAAAUGCUAGAAGACAGGUGAACAGAAACAGGAGUGGUUCUGAUACUGUGUCUAAACAAAGCUUUAAUGAAGAUGUGUAUGUUGGAAGUAUUAUGAAAGUGUGAUUCUAAUUUUGCAGAAAAAAUGUUUAUCAAUUUAUAUAGCUUUAUUUUUUACCUUAUCAAAAGAUUCAGAAUUUUAAUAUACAUAUAUUGUCUGACUUAAAAUCAUGUGUGUGUCUCUAUUACCACUUAAAAUGUCCAUUUACGAUGUAAUGUAUGAACAGGAGAGACUCUAUUUAACAUGAAUGGUUACCUGUAGCUGUCAUAAGUACUGGAUUUGUUUUAAAUUAUCAAAUAUAGUACGUACACUAGACAUGUCAUUCUCCAACACUAAUGUUUAACCGAUAGCCCAGUAACCUGCUUUGAAAAAUUAAAUUGUGAAUUAAACCAGAUCAAA